GCCCCGCAAAGAGGGCGGGCUAUAUAGGCUUGUUUGGACCAUGGUUGUGGGUUUAUGGACUUCGCCUUGGGAGACGUAAAGCCUCUUUCAUAAUGUGGAGAAGAAUAUUCACAGCCUGUGUCCUGUUCUGUGCCUGCCAAGCACAAACUGACCCUUCCUUCCUGGUGACGUUUCCGGGGGUAAUUCCGACCGGCUCCGAGACGAAGUUCUGUAGCCUCUUGCUUCAUGUCAAUGAAAUGCUGCAGCUGACUGUGUCGCUGGUGGACGGGAACCAGACCACGGUCCUGCAGGAGGUGCAUUCAGACAAAGACAUCUACCAGUGCUCUCACUUUCAGCCCCCCAAAGUGAGUGUGGAGUCCAUCCAAGUAAUUAGGGUGGAGUUACGUGGACAGGACCUUCAACUGGUGAAGGAGACCAAUGUCCGGAUAAAGCCAGCUACCCCAAUAUCAUUCAUUCAGACGGACAAACCCAUUUACAAGCCUGGGCAGACAGUUCAUUUCAGAAUUGUCAGCCUGGAUACAACGUUUGCCCCUGUAGAUCAGCUGGACCCUAAAUUCAACCGCAUUGCUCAGUGGACCAACGUCAGGACCGACCAAAAAAUCCAGCAGCUUUCUCACCCUUUGAGUUCAGAGGCUCCACUGGGUGGCUAUGUGCUGAGGGUCUUCUCCGGACAACACCGGAGCCAUUACAACUUCAAAGUCAUGGAUUAUGUUUUGCCACGGUUUGAGGUAUCCCUGAAGGUCCCGUCAAAGGUCUACAUUCUGGAAAGCCAGCUGAAGGUUUCCGUGUGUGGAAGGUACACGUACGGCCAAGCAGUGCCGGGAAAGGCCAGUUUUGAACUGUGUCUCAGCUGCCCCCUGAAGGAUGUUUGCUGCCGUCAUGCUGAAUCUGUACAGCUAGAGAAAUCGGGCUGCGCCUCCCACAUCUUCGACAUGUUCUUCUUCUAUAACUCCACCGCCAUGGGUCUGGAAACGCUGAUGUUUAAUGCCACAGUGGAGGAGGAGGAAACAGGUAUCAUUCUGGCAAAGAGCACACCCAUAGAUAUGGUGAAAAGGAUCGGAUCUGUUUCCUUUGUCGACACACCUGCGUUUUAUGAGCCUGGAUCAACCAUUGAGGGAAAGAUCAAAGUGACAUAUUAUAAUGACACGCCAGUAGCCAAUGCUGAGCUCCAGCUGCUUCAGGGAUACUGGUACAACAGGGUACCAUUGCUUAAUGGUACUACUAACGCAGAUGGCAUACUUUCAUUCUCCAUCAAUACAACAGUGUUCACUGGAUCCCGCGUAAAUUUGAUGGCCACAUGCAAGUCCCUUCUGGUCCCUGGGUUUGGGCUUCUGUACGGAACUUUCAAUGAGCCCACGGAAACCCUGUCAGCUAUUGAAGCUGAAGCUCCCCACAGACAGACAUACAGCUUAUUAUCUCUGAAGAGCAUUGAAAAGCCGCUGAGAUGUGGAAGCACAGUGCCUAUCGUUGUGAAGUACACUCUGGUUGGGGAGACAUCUAAUGCAAACCCGUUACAUAUAUAUUACCUGGUUCUGUCCAAAGGCUCCAUCGCCCGUGCUGGUCAGAUGGCAGUUCCAUGGUCAGAAGGCUUAUACACCGAAGGCGAGACGUCCUUUCUGCUGGAGGCCAUUGAAGAGCUUUCUCCAAUAGCCCAGGUUCUUGUCUACAUGGUGCUGCCCAGUGGGGGUGUGAUCGGAAAUAACAUGGACUUCUCCGUAGAGAAGUGCUUGAAGCACAAGGUGUCCAUGGAGUUCACACCCAGCCGAGCUGUACCAGGGGAGAACGUGGAGCUGAAGGUCACGGCUCUGCCGGGGGCCUUGUGUGCUCUCGCUAGCGUCGACCAGAGCGUGCUGCUGCUUGAUGCAAGCAAGCGACUGAGUGCCGAAAAAAUAUUCGACUUGUUACCUGUCCAAAGGAGUGCAGAGCUGCCGUACUGGAUGGACGAGGCUUCAACAUGCAUGCCUGUCAGAUCAAAACGCUACCUUAGUUAUGACAGAGACAUAUUUGCUCUAAGUAAUUUUAGGAAUGAUGUUUUUGAGCAAUACAAGCUGGACUCUGGGUCGGCCAGAGUGUCACGUGUCGUCCCAGACACUAUCACCACCUGGGAGACGGAUGCGUUCUGCCUCUCCCAAGCCGGGCUGGGCCUGGCCCCCCCACUUAACCUCACAGUGUUCCAGCCCUUUUUUCUGGAGAUUACCUUGCCCUACUCCGUCGUCCGUGGGGAGAACUUUGAGCUGAAAGCCACUGUCUUCAACUACUUGCCUAAGUGCAUCAUGGUCACCGUGACCGCUGCCCCUUCCACGGAUUACACAUUACAGGCCUGCCCUGGCUGUCAGUAUUCCAACUGCCUGUGUGCCUCGGAAAGAAAGACGUUCAAGUGGGUUCUGGUGCCCUCUGCCCUCGGUGCUGUGAAUGUGUCCAUUAGUGCGGAGGCCAGUUCCACAGAAACCCUCUGCAAUAACGAGGUGGUUAGCAUACCAGAUAGGGGUCGCAUCGACCGGGUCACACGCACCCUGCUGGUCAAGGUAAGUAAUGCCAGGCUUGGAAUAAGGCAUUUUAAUCUUUGGCUCAUUAGGUUCCCGCGGGGAAAAGAAAUCAAGGAGUCUGUGCAGCUGCAGCUGCCUGAGAAUGUUGUGGAAGGAUCAACCCGUGUCACAUUCUCUGUCCUGGGGGACAUACUAGGCCACGCGCUGCAGAAUGUGGAGAACCUGCUGAGGAUGCCCUACGGCUGCGGCGAGCAGAACAUGGUCCUCCUGGCCCCCAACAUCUACCUUCUGCAUUACCUGAAAGCCACGAACCAGCUGACCCCUGCUACCCAUGAGAAGGCCACAGGUUUCCUCAAGAGCGGUUACCAAAGGCAGCUGAAUUACAAGCAUCAUAAUGGCGCAUUCAGCACCUUUGGCUCAGGAUCUGGGAACAAUUGGCUGACCGCCUUCGUUGCCAAGUCUUUUACCAGUGCGCAGGAGUUUAUCUACAUCGAGCCCAAACAAAUGAAGGAGGCACAUUCCUGGCUGUUCACGACGCAGAAACCAGACGGAUGCUUUUUGACUGUGGGGAAGCUUUUCAACAACAGAAUGAAGGGUGGAGUGGACGAUGACGUGACGCUCACUGCUUACAUCACUGCGGCCUUCCUGGAGAGUAAGAUGUCACCUCAGGAUGCUGCUGUAAACCGUAGCCUGGCCUGUCUGAGGUCAGACAGCAGCUACCUGACAAACACCUACACCACGGCCCUGCUGGCCUAUACCUUCAGCCUGGCUGGAGAUCAGGAGAAACGUGCCCAGCUGCUGGAUCACCUGAAGAAAAUCGCCUCAGAUAAAGAAGGUGGGCUGCACUGGUCCCAGUCAUCUUCUGAGAAGUCCGAGGCCCUCUCUGUGGAGAUCAGUUCCUACGUGCUCCUAGCUGUACUCGCCACAUCUCCACUGACCUCCACCGACUUGGGUUAUGCCACCAAAAUAGUCCAGUGGCUAGUGAGGCAGCAGAACGAGUAUGGUGGCUUCUCAUCCACACAGGACACGGUGCUGGCUCUGCAGGCGCUCUCUGUCUACGCCACCGCUGUUUACAGUCCAGAUGGUUCCAGCACAGUGAGCGUGCAGUCAGCAGGUGCAGAGCAACAUCACUUCACCGUCAAUGAAGACAACAGGCUGCUUUACCAGGAGAGGGCGCUGCAGGACCCCCAAGGACUCUACAGCAUUGCAGUGCAGGGCACUAGCUGUGUCUCUGCACAGCUGGUGCUUCAUUACAACAUCCCAACACCGACUCUCAGCACCACCUUCAGCGUUGUCACCAACACCAACAGUGACUGCAGCUCCACUCGGCAACAGAAAAUCCUACCGCUCGACUUCACCAUAAAAUAUAAUGGGCUGAUGAACAACACCAAUAUGGUGAUAGUAGACGUAGGCAUGCUGUCAGGCUUUGUUCCCAUGCAGUCAUCCUUGAAGACGCUGAAGACGUCCAUAAGCAUCGAUCGGGUUGAUGUUGAAGAUGACCAUGUCAUCAUCUAUGUGGCUGAGCUGCAUAGAGACAUUCCGCUGACCUACACGCUGCAACUUGAACAACAGGUCAACGUGAAGGACCUUAAGCCGGCCAUAGUCAAGAUGUAUGACUACUACCAGACCAGUGACUACACUUUGGCUGAGUACACCUUUCCCUGUGCUUAAGGCAGAUGCACCUACGGCGGAGCCCUACAUACCGCAUGCUUCAGUUUGUAAAUCGCAAUAAAUGCAAAUGAGUUCUCUGCUAAACAUC